AUGUCGAUAGAAUACGUGUUGGUGAGCGAGGGCGAGCAGGACGAGCCCAUAGAGCUGCCAACUGAGGAAGACGGAUCAUUGCUUCUGAGUACUGUGACAGCGCAGUUUGCGGGAGCUAGUGGGCUUAAAUAUCGUGCAGGUGGCCGUCUCCGGGGCUUACGUCUCAUUGAGGACCGAGUGUCACCACCGCCUGGAGGUUGGUCAGCCCACCGUUACUUCUGUGCGUUCCCGCGUGCUAGUGCUCCAGCGGCGAGGCCUCGUUGCUCUGACCUUAUCGUAUUGGGAUUGCCAUGGAAAACUGGGGAGGAUGCAGUGCGUGACUAUUUUUCUUCAUUUGGUGAACUCCUUAUGGUUCAAGUUAAACGUGACACUAAAACUGGUCUUUCGAAGGGCUUUGGAUUUAUCAAAUUUGCAGAGUACGAAUCACAACUGCGUGCUCUCGGUCGACGCCAUAUGAUCGAUGGACGGUGGUGUGAUGUACGCAUACCCAACAGUAAAGAUGGUGGUGCAGCAGCACACCGAAAAGUUUUUGUUGGGCGAUGUACCGAGAGCCUCACUGCGGAUGACUUACGCGAAUAUUUUGGAGCAUUUGGCCAGGUGACAGAUGUGUUUGUUCCUCGCCCUUUUCGUGCAUUUAGCUUUGUCACUUUCUUAGAUCCAGAAGUGGCUCAAUCACUCUGUGGGCAGGACCACAUUAUUAAAGGUGUAUCCGUUAAUAUUUCAACUGCAUCCCCCAAAAGAGACAGAGGGUCACGCUCUCAGUUGUUGGGUUGGGGAUUGCUGGACGGGGGAGCUCCUAGGGUGUAUAGCUGGCCACCGGAUGCAUGGCCAGCUCAUUCGCAACACUCGGGUCACACAACUCUUGCACCCCACACACCACUCUCUGCAGCUCCCGAUACCAAGCCCUACCUCAAGUAUGAG